AUGAACGUCAACGUCAAUCCCAACAUGGCCAACAUACAGGCUAUGGGCGGUCCUGUCGGCGCACCUGUUCCCAUGAUGAAUAAUGGCGCAGUUGCUCCUCAAGCCGGCCCUCGACAGAUGCCUUCUAUCCCGGAAACCCAGCGCACUCUGCUCAACACCUAUAUUUAUGAAUACUUCCUCCGCCACCAAAUGUACGAUUGCGCGCGAUCGCUCGUCAACGGACCCCACAACGUCAACGUCAAUAAGGAAGGCGGAAACCAAAGGAGGGAUGAGAACGGCAACGUCCUCGGCAACGGGCUCGGCGACGAUCCCAUGGACACCGACUCCAAGGACGACAUGGACGCGAAGCUCCCCGAUGACCUUCCUGCCCCCAAACUGCCCAUGCCCGCCUCCGAAUCGUCUUUCCUCUACGAAUGGUUCUGCCUAUUCUGGGAUAUCUUCAACGCGCAAAGGACCAAGGGCGGAAACGGCAUGGUCAACCAAUAUGUCAGCCAUACUCAGCAACAAUCUCGCAUGCGGCAAAACCAGCAGCAGGAGAUGCUGCGCCAGAUGCGCCCCGAUGGAAUGGCUGCUCAGCAGCAAUAUCACACCCAAAUGAUGCGCAACAUGCAGAAUGGUGGCAUGGCCAUGAACAUGCAGAAGGGCGGUCUUGUGCGAACCGCCAUGGCAAACAACCAGAAUCCUCAAGCCAUGCAAAUGCUUCAGCAACAUGCGAAGCAGAACCCAAUGCAACGUGACCCCUCUGAUAUGGACGGCAACCGCCAACGCCCUUCGUCGCCUGGAUCCGGAGAAAACGCCCCCUCGCCUUCGAAGAGACCUCGUCUGGAUGGGACGCCCUACAACCCUGGCCAGCCUGGAAUGAUGCCGAACGGAAGACCACAACAGGGCAUGCCAGGCCAGCAGGUGGGGACCACCCCAAACGUAGCCCAAGCCCAGCAGAUGCUCAUCACCAACGGCAUUAACCCGGCAUCGCUGACCCAGGCGCAGUUCACGACAUUCUCAAAUCAACCGCCUGCUGUCCAGGCAAAAUCUAUUGCUACAUAUGCUGCAAACCUGCAGCAACAUCAGGCUAGUCAGAUGCCUAACAAGCCUAUGCCCAAUGCCAACGGUCCUCAGGGUCAGGGCUCGCCAAUGAUGGCUCAAGGACCGGACCAGGCUGGGUUGGCCGCUUACUACAACGCUCAGGAGAUUGGACCAGGUGGCAUUCGCCCUGGCCCUGGGGGUGCCCAAGCCGCCGGUGGAAGUAACCACGCUCUGCAAGACUAUCAAAUGCAGCUAAUGCUUCUGGAGCAGCAGAAUAAGAAGAGACUCAUGAUGGCUCGUCAGGAACAAGACAGUAUGGGCGGAGCCAUGCCUAGGGGAGACGGGCCUGCCGGUCCUGGUGGUCCCGGCGCUCCCCCUGGCCCCAACGGCCAGCCGUUCCCAGAGACGUCACCUCAAGGAGCUAGGACAGGCGCGUCUCCCAACCCGACUGAGCAGAUGAAGAGAGGCACACCGCAGAUGAACAACGCGGGUAUCCCAUCACCGCUGCCGGAAGGAGCUCAGUCUCGCGGCUCGCCCAACCCAAUGAACUUCAUGGGCAACCAGAUGGAUCCCAACAUGGCACCUCAUUUCUUCAAGGGUAUGAACAACAUGGACGGAAACAUGGUUGCCAACCCUCAGAUGAACAACGGCAUGCGUCCGCCCAGCUCGCACCCCGGUCAACCCUUCAACGGCCAGAUGAACCCGCAGCAGAUGAUGGCUGCCAGACAGCAGCAGGCGCAACAACAGGCGCAACAGCAAGGUCAGCCGCCGCAACAGCAGCCAGGCCAGGGCAACCAGCAAGUCCAGUGGCAGCAGGGUGGCCCGAACGGCCAAAUGGUGCCUCAAGGCCCGCAAGGUCCGGUCCAAGGCACGCCUCAACAGCGAUCCAUGCCACCGCCAUCCGCCCCUGCCGCGGCGAACGCCAACCGGACAAACACGUCUUCACCCCAGCAGGCCGCUGCCGCGCCACCUACUCCUUCCCAAGCCAACAAGGCCGCACCGAAGAAGAAGGACAACAAGAACACCAAGGCGAAGGCCGCGACGCAGAAGAAGUCAAACACCAACUUGAACAGCGGAGCCACCCCAGCUGCCGACGGAGCCCAAGACCAGGAACCGCCGACUCCGGCGACACCCAUCACUCCGGUCAACACUGCCGGUUUCGCCAAGAACGGCCCGAAUGCGGCCGCUCCCGCCGUUCCCAACGGUCAGCCCGCUGCUCCCGCCCCUGCUCCCGCACCUCAGGUCGCCCCUCAAACCCACUCCGACGCGAACCAGAAUGGAUUCAACAUGGACAGCACCAACGGCAUGGUCGACUUUGGUGCCAUGGCAUUUGCCGAUCCCCUGGUCUCCGACAACGUGCUCAACGACUUCGAUUUUGACUCCUUCUUGCAUGAGGAUGGGGACACCCAGGCCUUCGACUUCAACGGCUCCUUCAACAUGGAAGGAACCAACGAAAUUGGAGCCGAUUAA